AUGAAACUCAUCCACGCAGGUGAGAUUCCACAAUCGUACAAGAAAAAUGCGGAAGACUAUGUGAAGCGUGCGGAGAAGAUUCGCUCGCUGAGCACAUCGAGGGCGUCGACAAGCACCAAAGGCCGGAAGCAACUGGAUCUUGAACGGGCCGAAUUCCUGAUGUACCAGGCACUGGGCGAGGAUGAAGCAGGCAACUGCGCAGAAGCGAUCACGCUGUAUUCUCAGGCUGUCGAGCUCUGCAUCGCCACUUCGCGUGAUUCUUGCAAUCCAGAAAUGGCACGCAAAUUGAAAGAUUUAGCUAGAAAAGCUUUGGAUCGAGCUGAAUAUCUGAAAGCUGCUGAAGUCAAGAAAAAGAAUGACCGGGAGCGAAGCUUAGAUUUGCCUGAACCUCCAAAAGAUGAGCUAUCUCUUUUAUCUGUGAGUGAUUACAAAAAAUCGGCGACUUCUUGCUCAAGCGCUACUACAACACCGAUCAUGCAGCGCAAAGUGCCGAACAGCGAUCGUCUCACACAGUCCGAGCUGGCUGUCUUAGCGGCAACUUCGGAUAUCAACGGACGUCAAUAUGUCCCAUUUUUGGCGAUCGAUUUGAAAGAACGUUUCGCAUAUCCAGUACCAUUCACUGACAAGCACGGUCUUUUGGCAUUGUCUGCUCGGCAGAAGGAGAGGCUGACAGUUUGGGCACGUCCCGAUGAAUUCAUGGAAGCCCCAACACUCAUCGAUCGAAUCGACAGUGGUACUAUAAAACAGACUAUCGUUUCUGAUUGCUCAUUCGUCGCUUCACUAGCCAUUUCGGCGCGAUAUGAAAACCGAUUCAAGAAGCCUUUGGUGACGAGGUGCAUUUUUUGA